GUUGGAGUUUGUGGAGUUUGGCCACAUACGCUCAGUCCACCGCGUACGACAGGGUGUCAGGACGACGUUGACGAAUCAAUCCAUGGGAGGAUGUCAAUACGAUGAAGAGCAGGGUGAAGUUUGCUGAUGUGUUCCUGGUGCUGAUGGUUGGCGUCGGCACGAGCUACUACACCAUGUGGCCUACCAUGCAGACCUGGAAACGGUAAGCUUGAGGCAGCAUCCACCCUAAUUAAUGCAUCCUCCCCUGGAUCACACGUACUGGCUUGUGUGUGUCUGUGCUGUGUCCUGAUGCUGCCCGUUCCGACGCGUGUUUCAAUUCUGUGCAGCAACAACGAGGCCUUGAUGGAGGAGCGUGAGCGUCGUCGCGUGUUCAUGAUGCCUGAACCACCAGCCAUCACAACCGCCGCCACACCCCCCGCACAGCCUGCUGAAGGCGAGGCCUAG